AUGCAGGGCAUAGAGGGCACGACCCCAGGAAACGAAUCACUCUUUGACUUGCUCGAGAAACUUGAGAGUUUGAGUGGGGAGACAGUUUCAAAGAUCGAUCAGGCAGAGGAGCGAGCAAGGGCUUUGAAGUUAGAGCUGGCAUUAGUUAGGGCCGAGAAUGUGAAGCUGAAAGAGGAGGCUGCAAAAAGGGAUGAGGAGAAUGAGAACUUAAGAAAGAGAAACGAGGAGUUAUCAGCAAGAAAUAAGGAACUGGAAGGCCGCGUGCCGAGCGGGUAG